AUGGCCUCCCGGAGCCUGGGGGGCCUGGGCGGGAACCGCGGCGGGGGCGGCGGCGGCGGCAGGAAGAGCCUGAGCGCCCGCAACGCCGCGGUGGAGAGGAGGAACCUGAUCACGGUGUGCAGGUUUUCUGUGAAGACCCUGAUUGAUCGGUCCUGCUUUGAGACAAUUGAUGAUUCUUCUCCUGAAUUUAACAAUUUUGCCGCUAUUUUGGAACAGAUUCUAAGUCACCGGCUGAAAGAGAUUUCCCAAAGUUGCCGAUGGCUGGCUCAUCUCCCAAUACCUCUCCAAGGUCAAGUAACCUGGUUUGGUUAUGAAAGUCCUCGUAGCUUCUGGGACUAUAUCAGAGUGGCUUGCCGGAAAGUUUCACAGAACUGUAUCUGCAGCAUUGAAAAUAUGGAAAAUGUCAGUUCCUCUAGAGCUAAGGGUAGAGCCUGGAUCAGAGUAGCACUCAUGGAAAAACAUUUAUCUGAAUACAUCUCUACAGCUCUGAGAGACUUCAAAACAACCAGGAGAUUUUAUGAAGAUGGAGCAAUUGUCUUGGGUGAGGAAGCAAAUAUGCUUGCUGGCAUGCUGCUUGGACUCAAUGCUAUUGAUUUCAGCUUCUGCCUGAAGGGAGAAGGAUUAGAUGGCAACUUUCCUGCUGUAAUAGACUAUACACCAUAUUUGAAGUUUACCCAAAGUUCUGACAGCAUCAGCAGUGAUGAGGAAGAGCUGAGGACUUUGGGAAGCAGUGGUAGUGAAAGCAGCACUCCAGAGAACGUCGGGCCUCCUUUCAUCAUGGAUGAGAAUAGUUGGUUCAACAAGUGUAAGAGAGUUAAACAAAAGUAUCAGCUAACGCUGGAACAGAAGGGUUAUCUCGAAGAACUCUUACGACUUCGAGAGAACCAGCUGUCUGAAUCUGUCGCUCAGAAUAAAAUACUACUACAAAGGAUUGAAGAUUCUGAUCUGGCUCAUAAAUUGGAGAAGGAACAAUUAGAAUAUAUAAUUGUGGAGCUUCAAGAUCAGCUGACUGUGCUAAAGAAUAAUGAUUUAAGAUCAAGACAAGAGUUAACUGCCCACCUCACCAACCAAUGGCCUUCCCCAGGAGCUCUGGAUGUCAAUGCUGUUGCCUUGGAUACGUUGCUUUACCGAAAACACAAUAAACAGUGGUAUGAAAAAAGUUGUCAAAGUCUUGACCAGUUAUCAGCUGAAGUUAGCCUUUCUCAGACUUCACUGGAUCCAGGUCAGUCACAAGGAGAUGGAAAACAAGACACAUUAAAUUUAAUCAGUGAAGGUAAAGAAGAUACUCCCUCAUUACUUGGUCUCUGUGGGUCUCUAACAUCAGUGGCAAGUUACAAAUCUCUAACAAGCCUAAAAUCUAAUGACUACCUUGCAAGUCCUACAACAGAGAUGACAAGUCCAGGUCUAACUCCAUCCUGA